GCUUAACCUAGAAGCCGAACGAAGUUUGCGGUCUCAUGUUUUCUUUGAAGCAAUUCUUCCUUGCCGCCGUCCUCGCGGUGACGCUUGUACAGGUGCACGCCGUUCCUACGCUCGUAGAGCGCGAGACGGUUGAGCUUGAUUGCGGCAUUGUGGAGGGUGCUGAGGACGUCGCCAUUGACUCUGCCAGGCGCUGCCCGUAAGCGGCUCACGAGGGGCGGGAUGAGUGAGGCUUGGAGCCAAACUUCUUUCACAUGUUUCCGAAGGGUACGGUAGAUGAAGAUAUCUGUGUGUUUGCAGAGUGUACUGCUACUGUGUUCGCAACGGAACUGUAAUUAUUGCUACUGCUUCGUGGAUGAGAUGCUCUUUCUAGUGGCACGCCUUCAAUUGCGGUGGAUCAGUAAACGUAAACAGGCACGUGGAGAAUACAAAAGAGAUGGUUCCGCGCUGGGACACGGCGUACUUUCACGUAGGCAGACCCCUAGGACGACCUGUCUGAGGGGGAGCUGUGCAUGUGUACUGAGGUUCGCGAAUUCGACCUCCACGCCAGCGCCGUGUGGAGGCUGACUAAGUACGCUAAUGUGCUUCAAUUUAUCAACGCAUCACUGCGCUAGGAAUGCAUGUGCAUACGCCUUGUCGCCCAUUCCGAGUCCGCUGGGCGAGGUUUCAGCUUCAGUCACGGUGGUCAGUAUAGUAGGA